GAAGUACCAUAGAGUAAAGAGAAAACAGAGAGGGAAAUAGAUAAAAGAGGGCAACCUUGUUUUGUUUUUUUUUUCCUUACUUUUUUGUGAUGCAGACAUCCGUGGCAGAACAGAGAGGACUGUGACAUAAAAAGAGGUCAGAAAAAAACAAAGAAAAAUAAAGCAAGACUAGCAGAAGAAAAUCAAAGAAAGCUUACCUAGUGGCCCUAUCUGUAGCUCUAUUCUAUACGAAAAAAGAAAGAGAAGAAAAGAGAGAACCCAUACAGAAGAAUAGUACAUGACCAGAGGUCUAAAGGGUGAUGUUCUAUAAUGGAAGAGCUAAAAUGGGGACCAAGUUUAUAUUUUUGAACUAAUGAAUGUGUUUUCUAUUUGUGGGGUUGGUUUUUCUGUGGAAGACAAGUUAUUGAAAACAAUAAGAUCUAUCUAGAAGAUGAAGUGGAGACCAAGUUUGUAUUUUUGAACCAAUGGUUGUGUUUUAUGUUCAUGGGUUUGGUUUGAAGAACUCACUACUGUUCAAAUCUUGAUAAAAUAUAAGGUCCAUCAACUAGCAAAAGAUGAUUGUAAUACCUCAAAAUAACAGCUUACCACCAAAAGGGGUUCUUGGUGUUUCUAAUUUUGUGCCUUCAAUUUCUUCAACUUCUCCACCAGAAGCACAAAUUUGCAAGAAAGAUGCAAACUUUACAAGAAAUGAACCGGUUUCUGUGUUGGAUACAAGAAGUCCUAGUCCUUCAGCUUCAUCUUCCUCGUGUUCUUAUGGUGCCCAAAAUGGUGGAAAUAUUGCAGUUCCAGGCACUGGAAAGAAAGAAGAGUUAGUGGCUGAGCUGCAGCCAUUAACUGUGGGUGUGGAGACAGAAAAAUCUGGUCUUGGAUUUGGUGAUUUGGAUAAUUUGUUGCCUGAAUUUGCAGGCUCAGACCAAAGCUUUCUCAGGUGGAUUUCAGGUGAUGUGGAGGACCCAUCAGUCAGCUUGAAACAAUUACUUCAAGGAGGAAAUGGUGAUUUGGGCUGUGGAUUUGAGGUAUCAGCCACUGGUUCUUUAGCUCAUUCAGAUAAUGUUUCUUUUUCUGGUUCAAAUGUCUCUAUGAAUGCCAAUAUUGAGAAACUUGGUUGUGUUAUAGACUCAAAUAACAGAAAAAAUGAUAACUUUGAUAAUCUGAAUGUCAAUCUUUUGGCUAAGAGCUUUCAAGUGCAAAAAUUAGAACAAAAGCCUCAACCUUUUAGUCCACUAGUAAUGUCAAACCAAACCCAAUUCAAGAAUACUGCUUGUGUUAACAUGUCUGGCUCGGUAUCAUAUGACAUCAAUCCUGAACAGCCUCCGCCCAAACGCCACAAUUCGGGCAACAGUUUGGGUGCCCUUGGUCCAAAUUUAGGCGCUUUAUUGCCUAAAGUUCCGUUUUUUGAUGCAAGUUGUGACUUGUUGCUGACGAAACAACAAUUGGGACAAAUGCAGCAACAAGUGAAUUUGCUGCCUCCUCAGCAGUUUCAGCCAAAGCCGUUAAUUGUACCUAAGCUUGAGGCAGCUGGUGGUGGUGGUAAUGGUAAUUUGAUGGUGCCCCGUCAUCAACUGCAGGAACAACAGUUUAUUUAUGACCAGAUUUUUCAGGCCUCUGAACUAUUGCUGGCCGGACAUUUCUCAAACGCGCAAAUGAUAUUGGCGCGGCUCAAUCAACAGCUUUCUCCUGUCGGGAAACCCUCUAGGAGGGCUGCUUUUUAUAUCAAGGAGGCUCUGCAGUUGCCUUUCCUUUUGCCUUGCGCAUCCACCUUUUUGCCUCCAAGAAAUCCCACACCGUUUGAUUGUGUGCUUAAGAUGGAUGCUUAUAAGGCUUUCUCUGAAAUAUCUCCACUUAUCCAGUUCAUGAAUUUCACCUCCAAUCAGGCUAUCCUUGAAGCUCUUGGGGAUGCAGAGCAAAUUCACAUAAUAGAUUUCGACAUUGGUUUUGGUGCUCAAUGGUCCUCAUUUAUGCAAGAACUUCCAAAUAGCAGUAGAAAGGCUUCCCUAAAGAUUACGGCCUUUGCAUCUCCUUCAACCCACCACUCUAUCGAAAUUGGCAUCAUGCAUGAAAGUCUAACACAGUUUGCUAAUGAUGCGGGGAUAAGAUUUGAGCUUGAAGUUAUUAACUUGGAUUCUUUUGACCCUAAGUCUUAUCCCUUAUCCUCCUUGAGGUCAUCUGAGUGUGAGGCAAUUGCUAUUAAUUUCCCAAUCUGGUCUAUUUCAAGCUGUCCAUUUGCAUUUCCUUCACUUCUUCACUUUAUGAAGCAGCUCUCUCCAAAAGUUGUUGUAUCACUCGAACGCGGAUGUGAACGUACUGAACUCCCCUUAAAGCAUCACCUCCUCCAUGCCCUCCAGUACUAUGAGAUACUCUUAGCCAGUAUUGAUGCUGCUAAUUUAGCUCCAGACAUUGGGAAAAAGAUUGAGAGGUCUCUCCUCCAGCCUAGCAUUGAGAACAUGAUCUUGGGGCGCCUGCGAUCCCCUGAUCGGAUGUCUCCAUGGAGAAACCUAUUUGCUUCUGCAGGAUUUUCACCUGUUGCAUGUAGUAAUAUGACUGAAAUCCAGGCUGAAUGUGUUGUUAAGAGAACUCAGGUAGGAGGGUUUCACGUUGAGAAGCGACAGACGUCGCUUGUGCUAUGCUGGAAACAACAGGAGCUCUUGUCAGCUGUGACUUGGAGGUGCUGAGGAGCCUUUCUUCUGAAGCCAGAAGACUCUUUUCUUUUAACAGCUACUAAUAGAGGUUUUAACUCUUCAAUUUGUUGUCUGUUAAAAAUCUGAUUUAUUGUGUCAUGUAUAAUUUUACUGUUAUGUCGCAUUCUCCUAAUUAGUCUUGACUGUGUAGGCAAGCGUUCCGCUUUAAACAAAUCCUAACUAUUGUCCGUGUUUGAAAAUCAGUGUGCUGUAUCUUCCUACAUUUCCUUGUGUAUUAAUUACUAUCUUUUCCAUGUUA